AGGGUAUGGUAGCGGUUGUUUUUGUUUUCCUGGUCAACUGUUAGUUUUUCAAAAUCACGGUUAUUUUUUACAUCUAACGUUGGAAAUCCUUGCCAACUUUAUCAGAGACACUACUGAAGUGAUAUCGAAGCUAAUUCAAUGGGUGCCAUCGAGAGCACAGAGGGAGAAAGGGAACCAUUGCUCGUUCCAACUCAAACCGAGACUAGCAUACAGCCUGUGUACAGCAGAGUCUAUGGACGAAGAUGGCUGGUUCUGACCCUCUUUUCGUUGUUGGGGUUUAUGCAAGGGAUGGUAUGGAACACUUGGGGUCCAAUACAGAUCUCUGCGAAAGAGGCGCUCAGCUUCACGUCCACGGAUAUCGCCGUACUAGUGCUGUGGGGUCCAGUGGGCUUUUUUCCAUGGCUGCUGUUUAUAUGGCUUAUGGAUAAAAAGGGUCUGCGGGCGUCCCUGUUGCUCUCGGCCUUCUUCAUGGUGCUGGGCUCUGCCAUGCGCUCUGUCCCCAUUGUAGACCUGCAGAUCAGGCGAUGGUUGAUUCACGGGGGGCAGCUACUGAAUGGUUUAGCCGGCCCCACCAUCAUGAGUGCCGGCCCCCUGCUCUCCACCACGUGGUUUGCCCCGGACCAGAGGGCAACCGCUACCGCCGUGGCCUCCCUGGUGUGCUACCUGGGCUCGGCCUGCUCCUUCCUGAUGGGCCCGCUCCUGGUGCCCGCGCCCAACGGGACCAUGAACGCCAUGGGCAUGGUGUACAGCAGCACCGUCUCCGCGGACACCAACUUCAUCAGAGACAGGAUCCAGCUGGUGCUCUACGCAGAGUUCGGGAUGAUCGCCGUGCUGUUCUCCGUGGUGCUGCUGUACUUCCCCUCGCGCCCCCCCAUGCCCCCCAGUGUGGCGGCUGCCAGUCAGAGGCUCAGCUACCGGAGCAGCAUCUGCAGACUGCUGAGUAACGUGCGGUUCCUGAUGAUCGCGCUGGCCUAUGCUGUUCCUACCGGGGUGAUCGCAGGCUGGUCAGGGGUCUUGGACAUGAUUCUCGCGCCAGUGAACAUCAGCCAGGUGGACGCAGGCUGGGUUGGAUUCUGGUCCACGGUGGGAGGCUGCGUGUUUGGAGUGGCGAUGGCCAGGUUCGCUGACUCUAUUCGGGGGAUGCUGAAGCUGAUCCUGGUGUUGAUGCUGGCCGGUGCCUCACUCUCUGCCACCUGGUUUACCCUCACCUGCCUGACCCGCCUCACCCACCUGCCCUCCACCAAAGCCACGCUCUACACCUCCUGCAUCCUGCUGGGCGUCUUCAUCAACAGCAGCGUGCCCAUCUUCUUCGAGCUCUUCAUCGAGACGGUCUACCCGGUGCCCGAGGGCAUCACCUGCGGCGUGGUCACCUUCCUCGGCAACCUCUGCACAGGCCUCCUCCUCUUCUUCCUCACUUUCUACUUCACAGAUACAUCCUGGCUAAACUGGUGUCUGACUGGCUCCUGUGUCUUCAGUCUCAUCCUCAUCCUCCUGUUCCGAGAAUCGUAUGACCGCCUCUACCUGGACGUCUUUGUGUCCGUCUGAACUCCUCGUCGAGGACCGGAAGCCUUUUAUUUAAAGAAAACCAGGAAAGAACGGAAUAACGGUUUUUGCAGCGAAUUGCACAAAAAGGAGACUGAAACAGUAACUGUUAGAGCAGCAAGACAAGCGUUUUGUCUGUCCUCUGUUUUUAUGGACUUUGAUAUUGUAAGAGGACAUGCUGUAUGCUGUUGAUGUUGUCGUUGUUGUUGUCGUACAAGUGUCUAACAACAUUGACGGUUGCUUUUGUGAAAUCGAUCGAGAUCCCUAGGGAGGAAAAAGAAAAUGACGUGUCCUAGUGUCAACUAGCGUAGUCAAUGUUUCUUACCCACACCAAGUUGUUUUUCUCUCUUGGUCUUGCUAUCGUUUUUAUAAUUAUUACCAUUAUUGUUUUUUAUAUAUAUAUACAUUGUCUGAAGGUGAUGACAAUAUCACCAUUGUUUUGGGCAUGAGGGACUUUUGUUGUUUACAAGGUUCAAGUGGGUUGGGAGGAGGGUGGAAUAGAUUUUUUUGUUUUUUGUUUUUUUAGAAGACAUAGUCGACAAGUAGAAGUACUCAGUGGCGCCCCCCAGUGCCAGGCAGUUCAGCUCAUUAGCACUGCUGAUAGACCACACACUCUAUAAAUCAGACACUUCCCAAAGGUUCCAUGGGGACGCCAGACCUAAAGGGAGCACUCAGUGGUUUUAAUGUCACUCAUAACCUCCCCUUUUGAAAGAUGUGGCUGGGGAAGAGGGGUGCUG